UAUGCUUCUCACGUUUGUUGCAUUCAGGUUGUGAUUUAAUCAUCUAUGAUCCAAGAAAGUGGAAAACGUGAAUUUCGAUGGGAGUCAGGAUACGAAAAAACAUGGAGUGCUAUUCGGGAAGAUGAAUCAGGUCGUUUGGUUACAACAUUGGAGCAACUAGUGCAUGAUGCUCAUGCACAGAUACGAAAGAAACGUAGACGGAUUGGUGUAGGAUCUACAGGAUUUAUACGGUUAGGAAUGAUGCGACAUUUAUUUCUCAUUCUGGAUCUUUCUCAAGCAAUGACGGAACAAGAUUUAAAGCCAAAUCGUUUAAUAUGUACCAUUAAAGCCGCUUGUGCAUUCGUUCGAGAUUAUUUUGAUCAAAACCCUAUCAGUCAAUUAGGCAUCAUCGUGACUUCAGAUCGCAGAGCUGAACGGCUAACUGAAUUAUCAGGUAAUCCUAGACCGCAUCUGGCAGCUUUGCAGUCACUUUAUACACGUACUUGUGCUGGUGAACCUAGUCUUCAAAAUGCCCUGUCACUAGCUGAAUCAAGAUUAAAGUAUACAAUUCAUCACAACGAAGUUGUUGUAUUGAUAGGCAGUCUGACUACAUGUGACCCAGGUGAUAUACAUCAAACAAUUAAAAGUUUAUCGUCUAAUCGGAUACGUUGUUCGGUUAUAUCAUUAGCUGUUGAAGUAUUCGUCUAUCGUGCGCUUGCGCAACUUACACAAGGAACAUUUCAUGUUAUCAUGGAUGAAGCACACUUGAAAACUGUUCUCAAAGAUUUAGUGCCCCCUCCAGUCGCUGCUGCUGAAACUGAAGCUAAUCUCAUUCGAAUGGGGUUUCCACAUUCAGAAACUUUUGAUCUUGAUCGUUUCGCUGUCAAACGUGUAUGUGGUAAGUGA